AAUAAUCCACGAUUUUGCCCCUUGCUCACCCUUUAUAAACUUGACUGGUAUAAAGAUUCUAACAAUCAUCGUGUACACGAGCUGAUACUUCGCACCGUGUUUCUUUGUCCCAGUCUGCAAGACAACAGAGGUUUUCUACUGUCUUCCUGGCAAAAGACUCUUCUUAGACAAAGCAAGAAUGGGCCUCCACCUCAUUAUAUCCGCGAUAUUUCUGGCAGCUGCUGUUUUCCUACCCUCAAGAGCAUGGGUGCUCAACACAACAAGGUCCGAAGUCGAAGUUGGAAAAACACAAAAUGUUAAUUUGGAAUGCGUUAAUAACUUUCCAGAGAUGGACAUUUCUGAAAUUCUCUUCAUGAGAAUUCAGAAAAGGCACUCAAACAGAUGGACAACUGUAGCAGAACUUCGCGAUAAUGACACACGCAUCAGACUGAAAUCUGAAAAUGUGUUCGUCGAGGCGACUGAUGGCGUUGCUGCUGGAGCAUUUUUGCGGCUUACUUGGCCUGUUGCUUCCAACGACACCAUCGGCCAGUACCGCUGUGAUGUCAUUAUCUUGACGUCCCAGGAAACUGUCCAGUAUGAUAGAAGCUUGCCCGUUUCCAUCACUUUAAAGAGUGACAUUCAGGUUCUGAGACAAAUGGUGAUGGAAAACAAAAGAGAAUAUUUUCAGCAGCUAAGCUUACAGAAAAAGAACAUAGAAGACUUGAAUGCGGCCAUGCAAAGUAUUAAGCAGGUCCUGAACAGCUCGAUCGCAAACAUGAAGACGGAAUGUCAGCUCAACAAUCAGGAAAUUCUGGACAGACUGACGGUGGUGGAGGUGCUACCGCAGGUCACACAUCAGUACGAAUCUUGCACGGACGUCAAAGAUUUGGGUCCCCGACCCUUGGUAAAUCUGUCCUCUGGUCUAGAAGUUGUCUGUGACACCCUGACGGACGGGGGAGGCUGGAUUGUGAUCCAGAGACGUGCUUCAGCGGACGUGGACUUCUACCGCGGCUGGAAUGACUAUAAGUACGGCUUUGGUGACCUCGCAGGCAAUUUCUGGCUUGGAUUGGAGCAUAUCCACAAGCUUACAAAUCAGGCAAGACACGAGCUGAGAUUUGAUAUGACGUACAAGGGAAACAACUAUUUCGCCUCUUACGAGAACUUUUGGCUGUCUGGAGAGACAGAAAAGUACAAAAUCCAUUUGUCUGGGUUUUCUGGGAACGUCAGCGACCACAUGGCUCGGCACAAUGGCUUUGGAUUUACUACCAAGGACAACGACAACGACGCUGCGAGCCAGAACUGCGCCACGAGGUACCACGGAGCCUGGUGGUACGAGAAAUGUCAUUCCUCGAACCUAAACGGAAAGUGGGGAAGCACAAUUUAUGGGAGGGGGUUGGUCUGGUUAAGUGUAACAACAUAUUACGGCUCCGUCAGCUCUGUCGAAAUGAAGAUUCGGCCUCUUGAAAAAUGAUGAUUAGUUUCAUGAUACGUCUUGUUACUUCAUCUUUUUACUUUGUAUUUUUAAAAGUCUCUUUCUCUCUCUUUCUCUCUCUCUCUCUCUCUCUCUCUCUCUCUCUCUCUCUCUCUCUCUCUCUCUCUCUCUCUCUCUCUCUCUGUGUGUGUGUGUUUGUUACAUUCUAUAUAUAUAUUAUUCUACCUUUCAGGAGUGAAUUGUUUGGAGUUUGAUAGAAGUAUCUCUGUGUUUUGCAUCAUCUGUACAGGAAGAUUUUUGCAAAAAUACAACAACGUAUAAAUCCAACUUGUUUACAGAAGUGUGUUCUUCCGUUAUUCAACUUUGUGCUCUGUUUAUGUACAGUUUGUGGGUGUUAUGAAGUGAUGCUUACUUAAUGUUGGUUUUUACUGACAGUAUUAAUUCCACGUUAGUGUAUAGGUUCAUUUUGCAGUAUACUCUACCCAUAAAUUGAGUGUAAUAUGUUGUUUUUAUUUACAGUAUACACUCCAAGUUCGUCCAUAGUGUAUUGGUUGAAUUCACUGUGAAAUCUACAAGCAUUUCCAUAAUGUGUUGAUUAUAUUCACAGUAUAUUCUUCAAAUAAAAUCAAUAGCGUAUUGGUUCUACUAACAGUAUACUCUACACAUUAAUUUAUUGCUAAUAAAUAAAAUGUUGGUUUUA